UGCUCUCAUGAGUUAGAAGCCUGGCGGACACGCCACUCUUUACGGAAUCUCUUCUUUGUGUCAGCUGUUGUUGAACGGAUCAUUCCUGUAUUUCUGAAUCAGCAAGGUUAAACGUCAUCCGCUGCGAUGCUAGUUUAUUCUGGUCUGGUUAUUCCGCGAAAUCAAUUACUUUAUCACUUUACUCUCCUGACAUAAAUUCGUGAACAUGUGAAUUAAAUUCAUUUGAAUAGACAGAGGAAUUUAUAUGAUUAAAGUUGAAGCGGAUGCGGGGUAUAUAAGUAAACUCUCUCAGUCACAACCAAAUCAAUUCAACUCAUAGAUUUCCCAACCAUUGGUCAUAACUAAUUUUCAUAAACCAGUUACUUUUAUAAUAAAUUUACUUCAUACUUGCGUCGUUUCCACACUUCAUCACUUCAUCAAUUAAACCUUGUUAGAGUGGGACAAACGUCUCUCCCCUUCACCAACGCCGAACGUUAGAAGCGAUUGAUGAUGGAUAAGAUGGGAUGCAACUCCAAGCAGGAAAAAAUGCAGUCAGUAAUGACAUCCACAGGCUUUAUCUGGGACAGCCAGAUGUUAGAGCACAAAUGCCUCUGGGAUACGGAGCAUCCUGAGCGCCCCGAGCGGAUAACUUCUGUCAUUGCAAGAUGUCAAGAACUAGGCCUCCUUAAUCGCUGUAAAAUCUUAGCACCUCGCAAAGCAACCGAAGCAGAAAUUGCGGCAGUGCAUUCGCCCGCGCAAUUUGGGACGCUUGACAAAAUCUGCUCUAGCAAUAAUAAUAACAUGGGCAAGUUUGAGCAACUGGAAUUGGAAGCAGCCGCCUCAAAGUAUGACUCAGUCUACUUCCAUCCUUCCACUUGCGACUCCGCCCUGCUGGCCUCAGGCUCUGCUAUCGAAUUGACCCAAAAUAUUCUGGAUGACAAAAUUCGGAAUGGGAUGGCUAUCAUUCGACCACCUGGUCAUCAUGCAAUGGAGUCAACAUUCAGUGGCUACUGCUUUUUCAAUAAUGUCGCUAUAGCUGCACGUCAAGCCUUGGCCAGUGGAAGAGCUAAGCGCAUACUGAUUGUUGACUGGGACGUGCAUCACGGACAAGGCACACAACAAUUGUUUUACGACGACCCAAGGGUCUUCUACAUUUCGACACACCGUUACGAGAAUGGACUGUUUUGGCCCAAUUUAAAAGAAUCCAAUUACAACUGGAUCGGGGAUGGGGAGGGAAUUGGCUUCAACUGCAACAUACCACUGAAUAAAAUUGGAAUGGGAAACACUGAGUUCUUGACCACGUGGCAUCAAAUCCUUUUGCCUUUGGCAUUCCAAUUUAAUCCUGAUUUGGUACUGAUCUCUGCUGGAUUCGACUCAGCUUUGAACGAUCCAAAAGGCGAGAUGCAGUUGACACCUCAAUGUUACCCACACCUGUUGUCACCCUUAAUGGGUUUGGCUAAUGGAAGAGUUGCCGUUAUUUUGGAGGGUGGAUACUGCUUGAAUGCCCUUGCCGAAGGAGCGGCCUUAACUCUAAGGACUCUGCUUGGGGACCCUUGCCCCUUGUUGGAGCCAAUUGCAGAUCCAAUGCCAGAAUUGGUUGAGACACUUCUGAACUGCAUGACGGUGCUACAAAGCCACUGGACCUUAGGGUUAGGACUCAAAGAAUCGAAGCAAGGUGCGGACUUAUGCGUCCACGUUCCAACGUUAAGGUAUGACUACGUUCCUGUCCAGCUCGAUAAAUAUCCCACACGGGAUGGGAAUCCUGUGACAUCUUUCGAAGAGUGUUCCCCUCAUGAUGACCGAUUGAACCAGCUGAUUCUAACCACUAAUCUAGCAGUGCCGAGUUCCAAAUUGGGCAUCGCAUUUUCCGUUGCUGCUAAUUACGAUUCCAGCUCAAAAUUCAAACAAAGCCUGUCUAUUACUGGAGAAAUUCAAAUUGGUCUUGAACCAGAAUUGAAAUUCAGCCGACCUUUUGGGUUAAUGGCAGCAAUCGUUGGAGGACAAUGCACAUCCGGGAUAGCAAUCAUGUCAAAAGUAGAAACUAUUGAAGUGUGUAAAUAUGCGAUGGACGUGCUAAAAUUGGCGAGGAUACUAUUCAUAGACUGGAAUGGGGAAAGCGAUAUUGCAAAAGGUACGCUGCUGAAGAACCCUAGAGUCCUGUAUGUUUCCAUGCGAGAGACGUCCUGUCAACUGACUUCGGGAAUCAACUUCCGGUGGGUGGAAAAUAAUAAUGAUGACGUAAGUGACGCCAACUAUUUGGCCGCUCUCGCAAGUGUCAUUCUUCCCAUCGCCUACGAAUGGUGUCCUGACUUGAUACUUGUUGCUGGCCCCGAAGAGGGUAGAGAGGGCGGAUACGGUUUUUGUGCAUUGCCUACAUCUCCUGCGGGCUUUAGCAAAUGGCAGAGUAUUUUUGGCUUUGAAUUCACUGAACAGUGUUUACUACCAACCCUGUGUCGAGCUGUUUUUGGGAAGGCCACCACCGAGUUUUUUCAACAACAAUGCUAAACCAGCUGGACGGAUUAGAGUACACCACGCAAUAUCUCAGGCGGUGGAAGUGUUGUCAGAUAAGUGGUCAACUCUAGCCCCGUUUCGUAAACGUGUAGCCCACCAUAGUAGCAUUCCCGUUGGAAGAUAUUAAAAGCAGAUUGGUUAACAUAUUUGAUAAAAAUUACUCAGUCACUGCAUUCCAUUAAAAUAAAUUAUUAAUAUGUUAUAAGUCAACGAGUCAAAUACACUCGUUUAAUUGCUCUUUAUUGUUUCUUAAUUAUUGGCAUAGACAGUUUAGCCGUUACACAGAAAUUGACUUCAGUUAGGAACUAAAAUCAUCAAGUUUUAUUUAUGUUUACUCUAAAUUUAAUUACUGGCACUUCAAGUUAUCUACCAUCUAGUCAUAUUUCAAGUUAUCUACUGUUAUCUGAGAAAAAUUCACAUCUGGAAAUGCUUAAUAGGCAGCAAAAAUUUAUGCUUUUUAUAAGAGCAAAAAAUCAUUUGCUAAUUUAAUUGGA